AUUUCGUCAAAGUACCAGUAGAAUUACAAGAGACGAUUCGAUCUCGAACCUCCUCGUCCAAGUUGUAAAGAGGGAGAAAACGCCUGAGCACAUUCUCAAUAGUCCCGCCCUCGCGCCUGCCCAGUUCCUCUUAACCAUCUCAAGAACUGAUUCUCCGACACUGGGACCGAGACCCUCUGCAACUAAACUCAUUAAUUUUGUUUUUCUUUGCUCAUUUUCAGAGCUUAAGAAUUUAUAAAUAAGAUAGAAGAAGGAGUAGUCUCUCUGUGCUGGUGGUGGGAUCGGUGGGAGAUUUCGAGACAUUUCUGGUGGAUCUGUGUUCUCUGCUCGGCCAAGAUCGAAGAUGAAUAUUUUCAGAUUAGCAGGGGAUAUGACCCAUCUUGCCAGCGUCCUCGUUUUGCUUCUUAAGAUCCACACAAUCAAAUCCUGUGCUGGUAUAUCUUUGAAGACUCAAGAACUCUACGCCAUUGUUUUUGCUGCUCGGUACUUGGAUAUUUUUACUGAUUUUAUCUCACUAUAUAAUACCAUCAUGAAGUUGAUAUUCUUGGGCAGCUCGUUUUCAAUUGUCUGGUACAUGAAGCACCACAAGAUUGUCCGCAGAUCUUAUGAUAAAGACCAAGACACGUUCCGCCAUUUUUUCCUUGUAUUGCCAUGCCUAUUUUUGGCCCUUGUUGUUAAUGAGAGGUUCACUUUUAAGGAGGUAAUGUGGACAUUUUCCUUGUACUUGGAGGCUGUUUCCAUAGUUCCUCAGCUGGUAAUGCUGCAGAGGACUAGAAAUAUUGACAACUUGACGGGGCAAUAUGUUUUUCUUCUAGGUGCAUACCGAGCAUUGUAUAUUCUAAACUGGAUCUAUCGUUACUUCACUGAGCUACAUUAUGUCCACUGGAUAACUUGGAUAUCUGGUCUCAUUCAGACGUUACUUUAUGCUGAUUUCUUCUAUUAUUACUUCCAAAGCUGGAAGAACAAUGAGAAGCUGCAGUUACCAGCUUGAGUUCAUCUUCAAUAUAAUGUGAGGACCAUAAGGAUUCAGUGUAGCAUAUAUGGAUUUUUAUAUUUAUUUGAUCUGAGGAUCUUGAAGCUUCAUUUUUUUUUCGUCCUUUUUGUCCGCUUAAGUGCUUUGCUGGGGCUUAUUAAACAUGGGGCCAAUGCUCUUCAUUUAUUCAUUCAAGGAGCGUUUAACCAUGGAAGGCGCAAUUUAUUCUAAUGCAACACGUUUUAACUGCUACUAGGAAUCGCAGCACAUAUUCUUUUCUGGAAAUCCUGUAUGGGCAUAUAUUUUGAUGAAUUAAGGAUUAAUCUUUGGAAGGAUUCUGUUGUAUUCCAUAUUUUGAAUUUCAAAUUCAUGUUAUACAUAUUGCUAUCAUAGGAACCAAAAUUUUGAGAUUUUUUUAA